UAUGGUUUAUUAUAGGAUUUUGAGGGCUUCCCAGGUGGUGCUAGUGAUAAAGAACCUGCCUGCCAAUGCAGGAGAUAUGUAAGCUCUAGAAAUUAUAUUGAGUUCCCACAGAAUGGAGCUCAUAAUUCCUUUAUGGUAUCCCACUUGUCAUUUGCCUAAUAGUUACUUACGUACAUUGGGCUUCCCUGGUGGCUCCAAUGUAAAGAAUCUGCCUGCACUGCAGGAGACCCAAGUUUGAUCCCUGGGUCAUGAAGAUCCCCUGGAGAAGGGAAUGGCUAUGCACUCCAGUAUUCCUGUCUGGAGAAUUCCAUGUACAGAGGAGCCUGGCAGGCUAGAGUCGGACAUGAUUAAGUGACUAACACUUCACUACUUGUGUAUGUUAGUCCUGUCAUGGGGUCACAAAGAGUUGGACACGACUGAGUGUGCGCACACACAGAGUGCCUAACACAAAGGAGGCGUUCACAUACCCAUGUUCAUGAUACUCGUAGUGAGUCCAGAGUCCUUUCAGAAGCCUGACUUUACUAACAAACUUCCAGGUGGGCUGGGUCCUCUAAGAGGCUUGGUGGUGAUUUUUCAACUCAGUGUUUCCCUAACUUGCCUGGUCACAAGAAUCUCCUGUCUCUUGGGUGUGUAAUAAAAAUACAGGUUUCCAGAACUCCCUCUUGUACAGUUCUAUUCACAGGUCUGGAAAGAAACCUGGGGAAUCUGUAUCAGUGCUUCUCAAACUAUGCUCAUGUCAGAACCACCUCAGCCAUAGAUCGCUCAGUUCCACCCCAGAGCUGCUUUUUCAGUGGGUCUGGAGUGAGGUCCAGGAACCUACACUUCCAGCAGGCUCCCAGGUGAUGCUCUGGGAACCCCACAUUGAGAACCACUGAUCCACGGCUCUGCGCUGUUAUCAAGGGUCUUGGGUGAUUCUUGUUGGCAUGCGCCCGGGUGAAUCCCAGCUUCAGUGCAAUUGAUGGGAAGGGAGUAUGCUAUGUGGGAUUUCUCGGUCCCAAACAUUGCACUCUGAUCAUGGCCUCAAUCCCAUUUCCCCGGGACACCUUCUUCAGCCUUUGUUGACUCUAAGCAGAGAUCUCUGAGGUUUGUUUGAUUGGAUCAUUGUCCCCUAGGCAAGGGGCUCCCGCUGAGGAUUCCAAAGGAAGUUGUGUGCAAAACCAGUCCCAGCUCUUUCCCGAUCUUCACACAGGCUUGAGCAAUGUUGACGUGGAAACUGUACCUGAGGAUGGGUAUGUGACCUUAGGGGAAAACCAAUGCGAUUAAGGCUGGAUUUGGACUCCAAGGGACAGUUCCUGGAUUAGCAGUAACAGCUGUUGUCCUGCCCAUUCGAGGAGAAACUGAAGGGAGAAGAAUGAACUUGUUUAAAGGAUGUGUCUGUGCAGCUCUGGGAGGGGAAACUGUUCCAUCAAGCCUCAAGGAAAAUGUGUUCCUAGCAUCUGGAUUGAAGCUGCUGUUCCCUGGGACGCAGGAGAGGGCAGGAUGGGGGUGCCCGCCGCCCUCACAGGCUGGGCCUGUGCCGCCCUCUGCCUGGUGCCCAGCUCCUCCGCCUUUUCCCACGGGGCUGGUGCGGUGGCCUGUGCAGACAUGCGACCCAAGCACAUUCCAGCCCGGACUCAGAGCCCCGGGACCCACCACAUCACCAUCCUCACCGGGAGCUCCUCCUACUCAGCGGGUGCCACGGUUUCAGUGGCAGUGAGGAGCAGUCGUGAUUUCAUGGGCUUCCUACUCCAGGCCCGAAGAGUGUCUGAUCAUCAGAUAGCUGGCACUUUUGUCUCCAUUCCUCCUCAUUCCAAACUGAUAACUUGCUUUGAAGAGGCUGACACAGUCACCCACGCGGACAAGUCCCGGAAGAGAAACCUGUCGUUCGAGUGGCGGGCCCCUGCCCAGCCCGUGGGGAACAUCAGGUUCUUUUUAUCUGUAGUCCAGUCAUAUUUCGUUUACUGGGUGAAGAUUGAAUCAUCUGUCGUGUCUCAACAGACACUCAGUAGAGCCCAUUCUGACAGCCACGUGGAGCCUGGCUCGCCGAUGCCAGCCUCUGGGCAGAGGCUGGAGGACAUGGAAAGAACCAUCCCAGUGUCUCUGGGCCUCCACUUGGCUCCCAGUCUCCUCAUCACUCUUCUUCAGCAGCGCACAGAUGUCUCUGCUGCGGCCAUAACUGCAGCUGGAGAAGAGGACAGCUUAGAUCCUGUUCCUACCAGUGUUUGGGUGACAGAGUUCCUUGGGGCCACAGAGACUCCAUUCCAAGCAUCUUCACACACAGCUGUUGUAGUCAGCGAUGGCCAUCGCCCCAGCAGGGACAGCAGCCCAACCCUGGAACCAUCCCUGGAACCAUCCCUGGGUGUCCCGGGUCUGGAGAGGCUUGUGGCCCUCAAGGGCUUCUCUGCAGAGAGCUUCACUUCCGACUUCAGUACCUGCCACAGGACUCAGAAUGAUCCAAGCUUUGAUUCACUGGAAACUUGUCCGCCCUCGGAUAGGGAUGAACAGGACAAGAUGCAGGCCUCUAAUAGGACAGUGAUGAGACCUCCUUCGUACACUGUCCAUCUCCCCCAUCCUCACCUCUGGUCCUCCGCGGCACUCACUGGACAUGGGGCUGGGGCAGCCCAGCCAACUCCUGCCCUCCACACCUCUGCCACCUCCAGGCCCACCACUGCUGAUGGCCAGUUAGAGGCAUCAAGACCCUCUGCCAGCUUCCUGCCUCGGUCAAAGCACAAGGAGCGCGGAGUGGAGGAGGGCAAUGGAGCAGCUGGGGUGGGGGACCCCAGGAAGACCAACCCAAGACCUGAGCUCAGGCAGGAUGGAGCCAGGGCCCCGUGGGGGAUCCAGCUCAGGACUCCGCAGCUGGGUGUCCUGCUCUGCCUCUCGGCCGUGCUGGGCAUGGCUGUGGUUGUUGGCCUUCGUUACCUGCACACCCAGUAUUGCCGCAGGCAGAUGGAGGUGUCCUUUUGUGAGCCUGCCGGGGAUGCGGUUGCCACAGGUGACGGUGGUGAGAUCGUGCACAUCCGGAGAAUUGGAGACAACAGUUUUGUUUUGGUCGAAGGGGAAUGCAACUGGAUUGCUCCCUCUGUGAGCAGCAAGAAAACAGUCCUCUGAGAAAAUCGUGGUCCCAGGCCUCUCUGGGUUCCCCCUGCACCCUGUAGAGUGUCUCAGCCAGAACAGACCUACUGAGAAUAGUUGAUGCGGACAGCGAUGCACGGUGCACCCACCCCCACCCCUGUCAGGGAGCAGUUAGUAGAGGAAGCAAUACAAGGACAGUUUUAUCAUCAGAGGGAAUUCUUCCCCAGCUUUGUUGUCUUAACAUCUGUAAUUUAGCUGCCUUUUUUUUUCUUCUCGCAAUUAGACGUUCUGUUUGAAGACUUAAACCCAACACAAUGAAUAUUGUAUAACCUGCUCAUUAACUAGACUCCCGUGGCCGCCGAGCUUCCUCCGUUGCCUUAAGGAACCUGCAGAAAUAGAACUUCUGUCCCUCCUCAGCGUUGUCAGCCUCAUCACCUCUAACUCUUUGAAAAAAAUACCAACGGCGGAGUUGUGUCUCUUUCAGCCCUCCCUUUGCCUCGCCGAGCCACCCCCCAGAGAAGUCUUGUUUUUCCAAACUAGAGUUCAAAGUUGGCUCUGAUGUGGUCGACUGGAUGAGUGCAAAGGUAUUUUGCCUUCCAGGAAACUCAGACGUGUGGCAAAUCUGCCAUGGAAAUUGGUCAAAGGCAAGGAAGAUUUUAGAGAGUUUGAUUGGCACAUCUGUGGAGAAAUAUACUUGCAGCACGAGGUCUUAAACCCGAGAGAGGGGUAAGCAAACCUCCUUCUCAGGUGUAAAUGGAUCUGAGAUCUCCCAUCCAUUUACACUUGAUGAAAGACUAAGUAGCCCGCCAACUAGCAGACUUCUUGCCUUUGCCAAAGGUCAGGCUGAAAAAUAAAUGAUAAUAUCAGCACCGUUUUAAGAGCCUUUAUCUGUCUAAGAAAGCAUGAUGGACGGAGACCAUUGUGACUCUAGGAAGAUCACUUUGAUUUAGCAAGAGUUCCAUAGAUACCAAAUGGGUUCAAAUAUAACUCUUGAAUAUGGUCACCUAAUACAACACAUGAGAGUUAGCUGCCUUUUCAGAGGUAAACCUACUACAGAGUCAAGGUCCAUUUUAAUGUGGAAACAAAAGCACUAUGAAUUUGGAAAUGAUAUUUCCUGAUUGAGUAGCUAAAUUGUGUAGGUUGUGCCAAGAACUGUAUAUAUAUUUUCACAUUGAGUUCCUACAAGAACUUCAUGAGGAAGAAGUUCAGUAAUUUGCUAAAGAGAAAGAGACAUUCGUGACAUUGCAACUCAAUAACAAAAACAUUAAAAAAAAAAAAUCAGGUGUGUAGGAAAGGGCUACUUCUGGUUCCAGCCUGUUAGCUCACUGGGCAUCAGCUCCAAGACUCCGUCCUCCCAGAUUCUAAUGUAGACACAUCUGUCCCUUGACUUCAGGCAAGUACCUCAACGGGCACACAGAGACCUAGGAGCGUGUGCUAAGUCGCUCCAUCCUG